GACAAGGACAACAGUAAUGUUAUAUAUUAAAGGCGCACCAGGAUCUAGCUAGGUAAGACGGUGGAGCGCGCCAGGACAAUCUCUUUGUUUGGCUACCGUUAGGACUUCUUUUCGUGUCUUGCCCGGUCGUUGAGGACAGAACUGUUCUUUAACCAAAGAAGCCUGGAAACUGAUAGCAUAGACAGUCACUGAUCAGCUUUCAAGUGUUCAAGCGUACGAGUUGUUUCACCUCUCAUAUUCAGAAGCUUAUGGAUCCAGCAAUGUCUUUGACGAAAGUUGAAAAAACAAAAGGGGAGAUAUUAAAGCUGUUAGAGGACAAAAGUGUGGUAAUAGUUGUUAUUCGAGGGCUAGCCGGUGUCGGAAAGACUUGGAUGGCAAGAGAGAUGAGUAAGUGUGUGUUGGAAAAGAGUCUAUCCUGCUGCAGUAUCUGGGUGUCUUGCACGAGCAAACGGGACAUCAAAUGCAUAUAUGCAGAUAUCGGGCAUCAGCUUUCGCUGAUUCCCCCUUGUGAAAAAGGGGAUGGUAGCAAGGAGGGCACUGAUAAGACCACAAAGAGCUCAGUCGACCUGAAAGAUGAGGUUCUCAAACUUAUCGCCAAAAAAACGUUGUCAGAUGGUCAGGGAGAGAAGUUUUUUUUUAUCAUCUUGGAUGAUGUUCCCACUGAAAUGAAAGAGGCCGAUAUAACCGCAGAACUGCUUGUGCCUCAUGGACAGAAGGUUAAGAUUUUAAUCACAAGAAGAGACUAUUCUGGAAGUGAUUCUAUCGAGGAAGCAGCAAGAACAGUGAAGAUUGAGCCAUUCCCUCCAGAAGAUUUAUCGACUAUAUUGCAUAAGCUAGUUGAUAAAGAGAUCCGCGAGUUCCCAAAUUUCAAGACGCUAUCGAUAGCAAUUGCUGAAAAGUGCAGGGGUCUGCCCGCUACGAUUGUCAUGAUUGCUGCUGCUUUUAAUUCCAUUGCUCGAAACAAAUCCAGCUGUUGCAACCUAGAGAGCGUGAUGGAAGAAGUUGCCAAUAGCGAAGGCCUUCCUGAAGACUUGACCAAGAUUUUGCAUUGUUGUCAUGACAUGUUGCCUAGCACAGAGAUGGCCAAUUGCUUUCGGUACAUCAGGCAAUUCCUUCCCAGGCAUGGUGGGAUCCAUUACAAUGAGCUCAUUGCCAACUGGAUAUUGGAGGGAUACUUCAGUGAUGCCGACCAUGUCGAGAAUGCUUAUGCAAAGGGUCAUUGUGUAUUGAUGGAGCUUCUGGAUCGGCGCCUACUGAAAAUAAUGCCGAAUAAUAUUGUCUCCAUAGAAGGAUUAGCGCUGAAGAUACCUGACCACAGAUAUGGUGGAUAUGGCGGAACGAGCAGUCUAGGACUGGCUUGUGCAUUUGAUGAAGGUGAAUGGGAAGGCUUUGGGAGAGUCACAUGGACAGACGGUAUGAUACAAAAGCUCUGUUGGUCAAAGGACCAAACAAUCACCACUCUACUGCUUGACGGAAGCCAUCCCAUCAGGGAAGUUCCUGAAACCUUCUUUGAGCCCAUGAAGGACCUUAAAAUUCUCGCCCUCUUCAAACCCAGAUUUAAAUCUCUGCCCUCGCCCCUGCUCAAAAUGGAGGAACUUCUGGUGCUGGCAGUCAGAGGCUCUGAUCAGCUUGAAAACAUAAAUGGGGUUGACAAGCUCAAAGCAUUGCUCAUUCUUGAAAUAUCCGGUGCUAGCUCCCUGAACAUGAUUCCUGAUGAUAUUUUUGAGCAUGCUGUCCAUCUUAGAACUCUAAACCUGUCGUCCCUCCCAAUAACCAAACUUCCUUCUUCAUUUCCCAAACUGAGCGGACUGCGUUGGCUCAUCCUCAGAGACUGUCCUUGCUUAGAAACCCUCCCUAGCCUUACAACUUUAGGGAACCUCGAGAUGAUUGACGCUUCCAGGACGAACUUGAACAAAAUCUUUGACAAAUGCUUCGCCCCACUCGAGAAACUUCAGUAUCUUAAUCUCUCGCAAACUAAGAUUGUGCGGUUGCCCUUAAUUUGUGAUGCUGCAAGGCUCACAUGGUUAAUACUGAGUGGCUGUUCAUGCUUAUUCAGACUGCCCAGUCUGCCAAGAAGCCUUGAGAUUCUUGAUCUUUCAGAUUCUGCCACAACUGAAAUCGAACCGGGCCUCAGAGCCACUCAAAAGCAAUCAAAUCCAGGUGUUACCAACCUUAGACGUCUUAACUUGAGUCGCUGUGGUGGGCUUGAGAAACUUCCACCUACUAAAGCAUUUGAGAAGCUUGAGUUACUUGAUGUUUCAAAUGCUGUUAAUCUGAAGGAAAUCGAAGAUGAAUCCUUCAAUCAUCUGAAACACCUUACAGUACUUAAUCUCUCUGGCACCAAAAUUGACACCUUACCGCCCCUUCACGAACUUGGCAAUCUUCGUCAGCUCUUGCUCAAGGAUUGUAAGUCAUUGAAAAGAUUGCCCAUUAUGGAAGGUCUUCUGAGACUCAAGGAACUUGAUCUUUCGGGUGCCUCCUCUUUGGAGGAAAUGGGUCCCCAUUCUCCUGACUGCGAGAAAUUCAACCUCCCAAACCUGCAAAAGCUUUUACUGGCUGGUUGUGGUCACCUGAAGAAGUUGCCUCUAUUGAAUACCUUGGGGAAACUGGAGAUUCUAAAUCUUUCAGGUUGUGCUCUUCUCGACAAAAUACCAGAUGAAUUCUUUGAACACCUGCCUUGUCUUCAUCAGCUCAAUCUCUCUGAAACAAAGAUUCAACGCCUUCCAUCCAUUGCUAAACUUGGCAAUUUGCGCCACCUCAUCCUAAGGGACUGUCAUCUCCGCACGACUCUAGCUGGAUUGGAAUCUCUAACAAAUCUUCAGGAGCUUGAUCUUUCUGGCACGAGCUCCUUGGGGGAAGUCAAAGCUAAAUGCUUGGAGCGCAUGGAUCAACUUCAGAUUCUCAAGUUAUCUGGAACUAAGGUUGAUGAAUUAUCAUCCAUAUCAAAUCUCACCAAUUUGACUCAGCUUUCGCUGAGCGGCUGUUCAGGGUUCUCAGAAUUGCCACAUUUGGGUCAACUGACCAAACUCGAGGACCUGGAUCUUGCGGAAACAGAGAUCAAAUCUCUACCCUCCAUUGAAACUCUCUGUAACCUCCGGCAACUUUCCUUGAGAAAUUGCAUGAGUUUAGAGUUAGAAAAGUUGCCACCUCUUAAACCCCAGAGUCCUGUGGAGGUGCUUGAUUUGUGGGGGAUCAGGAUCAAUGAGUUUCCCUAUUGGAUUUUCAAGAUGACUAAUUUAAAGUGCCUCGAUUUGCCAGACCUCAGAGUUAUAGGACAAGUUGAUUGGGGUAAAAUAAGGUGCUUACCUGAAAAAGUUAACUGGGAGGAAUGUGGGAUCUUCGAGCUUGUGGGAACUGUUACCACCAGCAACAGGCCUUUCAUCUCUGUUCGUGGUACCCACUUUUUUCAGUUGCUGGAGCGAAAUUCCACACUGAGAAACACAUGCUUCAAACGGUUUCAUUUCAGCGUGUACCCUCCUCCCAGAGAACAAGGUGAAGGUGGCGACAUUUAUCACUAUAGGAAUGACACCAUUUUCAGGGAAGUAUACAACAAGAUCAGGCAUCUCCCUGAUCCUGGACAGCCUGACCAGGAUCCUGAUCCUGAACAGCCUGACUGGGUUCCUGAUCCGGGACAACCUGACCAGCUUCCUUGUCCUGGACAGCUUGACUGGUCGGUAGAGUUCCACAGUUUCAAAAGUUUGGGUGAAUAUCCAACAGAAGUUAUCAAGCGCAGUAACUGUAUUUCGUUUAUCGAUGACUCAUGCAUGCGUCAUUUGUCUGAUUUGGGAGAUGACUACUUGAAGGCACUCAAGGAUUGCUGGCUAGAGAGGUGCCAUGGCAUGGAAUGCAUUUUUGCCGGAUCAGAUGUAACUACUUUAUGGGUUUCCAACCUUCCAGAGUUAAGAAGCAUAUAUAGCGAGACAGUGCAAUCGAAGAGCCAUAAGAAUCUGAAGAAUCUGUACAUAGAUUGUUGCCCCAUGCUCGUGGGGACUUUCUCUUCUGGCCAGCUUCCGGAAAACCUUGAAGUUAUCCAGAUAAAGUUCUGCGACAAAUUGAAGACUCUAAUUGAGCAUGAAACAUCUGUGGAGAGCACGCUGCCAAAGUUAAAGACCUUGCAUCUGUUGGGACUCCCCAUGUUGAAGAGCAUAGGGCUUCAGCUUCUCGAAAGCCUUGAAAUCGUCCAGAUACAAGACUGUGACGGAGUGGAGACACUGUUCGACCACGAAGCAUUGACGGUGUGCACGUUGCCAAAGUUACAUACCUUGCAUCUAUCGGAACUGCGCUUGUUGAAGAGCGUAGGGGUCAGCAGUGCGUCUCUGGGAACACGGGGAGUUCUCAAAUGCCCAAAUCUGAAGAAUCUGUACCUAGAUUUCUGUCCCAUGAUUGUGAGUGUUUUCUCUUCUGGCCAUCCUCCGAAGAACCUUGAAGUUGUCCAGAUACAACAUUGUGACAAACUGAAGAGUCUGUUUGAGGACACAUCAUCUGCAGAGCACUUGUUGCCAAAGCUACACACCUUGCGUCUAUUGGAGCUGCCCAGGUUGGAGAGCAUAGGGAUCAGCAGAGACGGAUCAUCUCUGGAACCAGAUAUUCGCGGAUGCCAAAAUCUGUCAAAGGGAAUUCAAAUUCGCCAGCACGAAGGAGCUUUGAAAUGAAUGCCGUCUGCUGCUUAAAUCCUGGAACAGCCUAUUUCUUGACGUAUUCAGACAGUAACAUAUGCAUGUUCCCUCAUUAUCCAGUGUGCUUUCCUCUGUCUUCAUGAAAUAAAGCAUGUUUAGAAGUUCUGAAAAGAUUCUCGACUUCGAAGUCCGUGUAAUUUCUUGUUAGUUGUGGUUUAUGAGAUUGAUUCUAGAUUGGAUUUUAGAUGUUGAAUGAUGAUGAUUUGAUGGUUAAUAUUACUAUA